AUGGCUGUGGCCUCUGUUGACGAGCAUGAGAGCACUCCUUCUCGGAGGCGCAGUGCUCGACAACGAGCACAAUUAUGGAUGACCAAAGGUGGUCUAGUGCGGGAUGAUUCCGACGACGAGUUGGGGGAUGAAGAUCUUCCAUGGCAUUGGAUCUACGACACUGAAGAAGAAGAUACUGAGAACAAAGAAACCACAUCGGCUACCGAUGAGGCCGAGACAAAGUCAGCUCGCAGACGCGCAGCUCGCCCUAGUGUGAAGCGCCGACGGAAUAUUAUAGGGGCACGGAUGGGUUCCUUCGAGUGUCGGUUAGGUCAAGUCGUGCUGCUCAAAUCUCCAGAACCGGGGAAAGAUUGGGUCGGCAUCAUUACUGAGUUUCUAGAGGAAGAUGAUGAGGAGGCAGAGGAUGGGGUGGUCAAGUCGGCUAACAUCAUGUGGUUUGCAUCCCCGGACGAGUUCAUGUCGACCAAAAACAAGCGAAGGGCGGACGCUUUGCCGAACGAACAAUAUCUGACAGCGGAUUUUAAUGUCAAUCCCCUCACGUCAAUCAAUGGCAAAGCUACGGUGAUGUCUAAGGACGUGUUCUUUGCCAAAUAUCCGAAUGGCACGCCCCCAAAGGGCAAGGAGGAGUUGGCCGAGUUCAACAAAUGCAUUAUUUGCCGGAGAGGUGUGAACCAGCUUCAAGGCAGAUAUACCGACGAAUUUAUUUGGGAGGACGUGUACCGGGAGGAUAAGAUCCAUGACCUCAUUACCAUGGUCAAGGACGGGUUGAGAGCGGCCAAAAAGCGCAAGCAGGUCGAUGAUGAUUACAUUGAUACGAAAGAGGAUGAUGAUUUUGCUCCAUCUACACCUCGGAAGAGGCAGAAAGUAACCUCCAAUGCUACUCCCCAAUCGCGACGUAAGAAAGCUCUUACUACGCCGUCGCACAAGAGGUAUGGAUUCAUGUCUAAACCUCUGGGGCAAGAGUUUACACCACUUGGAACUCGAGUUUUGCCUCCUUCUCAUUUCGAUUCACCUUAUCGCCAAGCACGUACCCUACUGCAUGUUUCGACUGUACCUACAUCACUUCCUUGCCGGAAGACAGAAUUCGACACUGUGUAUAAUCAUCUCAGUGCAGCAAUCAUGGAAGGAAAUGGCACCUGCAUUUACAUCUCGGGAACACCAGGGACAGGCAAGACAGCUACAGUACGUGAGGUGGUUGCGCAGUUGAAUGCUGCUGUUCUCGCUGAGGAACUGGACGACUUCAUCUUUGUGGAAAUCAACGGAAUGAAAGUGACGGACCCCCAUCAAUCUUAUUCAUUGCUCUGGGAAGCGCUCAAGGGUGAUCGCGUUUCUCCUUCACAUGCGCUUGAUCUUCUCGAAAGAGAAUUCUCGCAUCCCUCGCCCAGACGAGUAUCAUGUGUCGUCCUCAUGGACGAGCUUGAUCAGUUGGUCACAAAGAAUCAAUCAGUCAUGUACAAUUUCUUCAACUGGCCUGCCCUUCGUCAUUCACGCCUUAUCGUCCUUGCUGUGGCAAACACUAUGGACUUGCCGGAGAGAACGUUGAGCAACAAAAUCUCCAGCCGUCUCGGGUUGACUCGCAUUACAUUCCCCGGUUACAAGCACACAGAUCUCAUGGAGAUUAUCAGCACCCGGCUGGCCAAUGUUCCUGGAAACAUCGUCGAUGCGGAUGCCAUUCAAUUUGCUAGCCGAAAAGUAGCUGCUGUCAGUGGAGAUGCUCGGCGUGCAUUAGACAUCUGUCGACGCGCUGUGGAAAUUGCAGAACAGUCCAGCGAGACUGCAAAGAUUGAGGAUAUGGAUGCCGAGCAGAACGGAGACGAAACCGAGUCCCUGCCCCCUACUCCCAGUAAAACCCCAGCACGACGACAGAAACCUACUAGCAAGCACACAACCGCAGGCCGAGUCACCAUCGCCACCAUCAAGCAAGCUAUCCAAGAAGCCACCUCAACCCCACUCCAGCAAUCACUCCGCUCCCUUCCGCUGUCCGCGAAGCUCUUUCUCGCUGCUUUACUGGCCCGUGUUAAACGAACUGGUAUUACGGAGUCAACAUUCGGCGACGUCAUCGACGAAGCGAAAAGAAUCGCCGAUGCUGCUGCUGCAGGUGCCAGCACGGGCAUCAGGGAUUUCUUACUCGCGGGGAACAACGGGGCGCGUGUGAGAGCUCUCGGCUUUGCCGCUAUGGAACUCAUGAACUCGGGAGUCCUUGCCUUAGAAAACGGGGCAGGCGUCAAGGGGCCCCUAGGCGGUUCUGUCAUUCCGAGCAGAGGCGACAGAAGCGGGAAGGUGAGGCUUAGAGUUGCACCAGAAGAUGUUCGAGCCGCGUUCCGGGAGGACAUUGAGGCAAAGGGAUUGGGACUGGGUAUGGACCAGUAA